CAUCCUGGACAUUUACUUUCAGUUGGUCCAAACCACUUAUUUAUUACCUUAAUUAGGUAUGUUUAUCGGACACUUUACUAUAGCUUUUAAUUGGUGGAUUAGUUUGCUAAACUUGUUGGAAUUGGUGCCCUGAUUGGAUGAGACCCUUAAUAUGCAAAGUGUCACACCCAUCUUAAAUGAUCUUACUACCCUAAGUAAUUCAGUUGUAAUUUGGGAUCCAGUGCAGACAACUCAAGACAUCUUUAUUACAUGGAACCCUGUUAUUUUGUCCAGCUUCAGUUCCUCUUUGAUCUCAGGUGAACGAAGCAGAUAUCGACAGCGAUUCAUCUAGUGAUAUGUUGUUAUCCCAGAUUUCUUCUAACCCUCGAUAUGGAGGUGGACGUGGUGCAGGAGGGGGACGCGGUGCAGGAGGGGGACGCGGUGCAGGAGGCGGACGCGGUGCAGGAGGCGGACGCGGUGCAAGAGGCGGACUCUGUGCUAGAUUCAACGAAGCAGAUAUCGACAGCGAUGCAUCUAGUGAUAUGUUGCUAUCCCAGAUUCCUUCUAACCCUCGAUAUGGAGGUGGACGCGAUGCAGGAGGCAGACGUGGUGCAAGAGGCGGACUCUGUGCUAGAAGGUGGUAGACGUGGUUUUACGAGAGGGGAUCAAGAUGUACAUACCUUGGAAUAUGAGGUAAACAAAGUGGACAGUGAUUCAUCUGGCCAUAGUUCUGUAUCCCCAACUGCUAACCCUCGUCAUCGGCAUGGUGCCGUAGGUGGACGCAGUGCAAGAGGUGGACGCGAUGGAAGGGCUGAGGGAAGUGCAAGAGCUGGAGGUGGUGCAAGAGCUGAACGCGGUGCAAUUGGUGAACGUGGUGCCAGAAUGAAUCAACAUCUGGAUGCAGAUUGGGAACCCGAUAACUGGGAACUGUUAGAUAUCCUAUUCACUAACGUUCCUGGGCCAACAAAUGCGUAGUGAUGAGCCCAUCGAAUUCUUUGAACUUUUUUUGA